AUGCACGGAAGUGAGUCGACGUCUUCCUGUGCGUGCUUGUUUUUCGACGCCCUACAAGCUAGCGAAUAAUGCAAACGAGCUAAUAAUCUAGAAAGGGUUUGUCAACUGCAGCUUUGACUUGAUGAAUGGGUCUAACCAGAGCCAUGACUCUAACUUGCGGAAUGAGCUUACGUUGAAUUUUGGAGUAAGUUUCACUUGCCGAUUUUACCCAUAGGCGCAGCCAUUUAGUGACGUGUAUUCCGGUACACGCCUUAUACGCAGAUAUUUUACGGUAGCGUACGCGCUACAAUUGAGAGUGCAGAGCUCGUUGCGGUUUCUUGCAAGGCUAUGGCUGACUACCCUUCUCCUCAAAAGCCACCAGAGUACACUCCACCAGGCUAUCAUGAUGGUUCUCAAGGCUAUCCUCCACAGGGGUACCCUCCACAAGGUUAUCCUCCACAAGGCUAUCCUCCGCAAGGUUAUCCUCCACAAGGAUAUCCUCCACAGGGCUAUCCUCCGCAAGGUUAUCCUCCACAAGGCUAUCCUCCUCCCAUGCCGCAACAGCAACAGUCUAAUACAACGGUUGUAGUGGCUCAGGCGGCUCCAGCAACCCACACAACGACGGUGGUGACUAGGCGUUCCACCAAUCACUGCAUGCACUUCUGCAUUUGUCUCUUCUUCCCUCCGUGGAUAAUAUGCUGGUUGAUUGCGUGCUGUAACGACUAGGCGGCGACUCGACUGAGAGAAAGGCACCUUAUAGUAGUGCGCUGACGGUACUUUUGUUAGUUAGUAGGUUGCAAUUAAUUGAAUGUAUUGGCAUUGGUUUUGUAAAAGUACUGCAAAGACAGUUGGGGUAGGUCCCACACUGUCGCUCUAC